AUGCUCACCAAACCUUUCCUGGAUGUUUGCAAGCAAAUUUUACCUGUUAUAGACAAGUUUGGAGCUGCAAUGGCACUUGCCAAAUCUAAUGUUGGUGGCAAUAUAACCAGGUUAGAAAACAAGUACUUGUCCAACCCUACACAAUAUAACCACUUGUACAGCAUGGUACAAGAAGAGCUUGAACCUAAGACAGCUAAAGGCUCAUCCAGUUGCGCUGAUGGUCUUUUGUGGUUGACGAGUACACUGGUGAUCAUCUCUUCCAAAACCACAUGGAAAAAUUCUUCAUGGAGUCCUUUUUGGGUGACAAAUCUGGCUAUGGAUUUCUUGGUGGGAUUGUUUUGGAAUAUAUUGGAGCAUCAGGAUUGGUCUAUGUCUCAAGCUUGCAGUGAUUCUUAUGGCAAGACGCUGAAAAAAUGGCAUGGUUGGCUGGCCAGGUCAAGCUUUACGGUUGCGAUGAAACUUGCUCCUGAUAGGAAGAAGUUUAUGUAUGUCAUAGGUGGCACAGGCGAUGUUAAUAGUGAUAUCGAAAAAUUUUGCACCACUUUUUCACCAUUUCUUGAGGAGAACCACAAGUUUUUGGCUAGCGUUGGAAUGGAUGAUAUUAAAGCAUCUUAA